GUAUCAAAUAAAAAUAAACAUGUUAGUAAGUACAUUGAAAGUGCCAGUAGCCCAGUUGUAAAAUACCUUGCCAUUUGACAAACCAACCUUGGUUCGAAUCCAGGGGUCAACAUAUUUUUAAUUUCAAAUCAUGUAAAACGACGUCGUUUCACUUAAUGCCAACAAUAAACGACGUCAAAUAUUUCUGUUAAUUAAUUCUAAAGUAAAUGAAAAUUUGGUGUUUUUUUGGUGAGUACAAAAGUUUAUGUUUUUUUUGGCAAUUCGUGCAAAGUUGAGGUUUUUUUUGGCCGAAUUCUCAUUUUAGUAUACAAGAGAAGCUGCUUCACGUGUGUUGAAAGCGUCUUGUCGGAUUGGAAUGUAAUAAAUUCGUUGAUAUGUGUGUGUGGGUGUGUGAUUGUGAACAAACCGUUGAAAAGAAAGAAAAGACUUUUCUUGUUCAGAACUUUGAAAAUUCCUUCUCGCUCUUAUGACUUGCUUGAUCAUCGAAUCACCAAGGAUAAACCAAACUCCCCUAGUCCCCUGUAAUAUCCAAUUAUCUUCUUCCUUCUAACCCGUUCUCUCUGUUCUUGAUUUCCUAUGUCUAGAUUUAUGGUCUCAUUUUUGUUCUUACUCAUCCAGCUUUUGAGCUUCUCUCUUCAAGCUCAGAGUACGAAGACACCACCAACAACAGAUUUCACUUUCGAAGGUUUUAGUAAAAACAAAUCGGAGAUUCAAACAGAAGGAGCAGCGAUCAUCACACCAGAUGGACUACUGAGACUCACUGAUAGAAACUUAAACGUCACUGGAACAGCGUUCUACCGCAAACCGGAGAUCGAUUUUGAGUUUGAGACUGAAUAAAAGAAAUAUCUUACCAGACAAGGAAAUAAUUAAGAGUCAUUGAAAGAUGAAACUAAAAGACUUAGCUUUCUUCAAGAAAAAAAAUGUAUAUGGCAAAUCUUCAAAAGCUCCUGCUAAAAACGAAAAGAGAGACAAUGUCAGGAACCAAAGGGAGCAUCUGGUUUGUUUACUUGCUGAUAAUCAUAUAAGGUUGACUCCCAGGCCAGAGUUUCUGAAUAAGCUCGACGAUAGAGCCGUUGAUGCCGUCAAGACAAAGUUCUUUAAGAACUACAAGAACUGGUGCAAAUUUUUAGGACGUAAACAUAGUUUAAGGCUUUCUCAAGGUGCUGAAGAUAUACAACAGCAGAAGAUACUGUAUAUGGGUUUUUAAAUCCUUUUUAGCUGAUAUGAUUAGUCAAACACAAGAAUUCAUCAAUAUUUACCUGCUUUUUAUUCUCAGAUGG